AUGUCGACAUUUGACGGUAUCCUGCCAGAGUUCCCCGACAUCCAAAUCGACUACUUCCGGAAGAGCCCAGUGCGCCCAGCGCCGCUGGCCUGCUUCCUGAGUCAUGUGCAUACCGAUCACCUCAAGGGCCUCGAGUCCUUCAGGGCGCCCUUCAUCUAUUGCUCACCCGCGACCCGCGAACUCCUGUUACGCCUAGAGAAAUUUCCUCAUCGAAUGAACUUUGAGAAGGGAAUUCUGGAAACGCGCCGGUUACACUACAAACAUCUAGCCACGCUAUUGCGCCCGAUUCCACUGCACACCCCGACGGAAAUUGAGCUCACGCCCCGGCGACGCAUCCGGGUCACUCUCUUCGAUGCGAACCAUUGCCCUGGGGCCGUUGUGUUUUUAAUUGAGGGGAGUGGCAAAGCGAUAAUCUAUACUGGGGACAUUCGAGCUGAGCGAUGGUGGGUUGACGGCCUGAAGCAACAUCCAAUUCUGAUUCCCUAUACAUUGGGGCAGAAACGGUUGGACCGGCUGUACCUCGAUACCACAUUUGCUGCCGCAUCAGACCCCUUUCGUGAAUUCCCCACGAAGGCCCGGGGACUCGUUGAGCUGUUACAGAAAUUGGAAGCUUAUCCAGAUAACACCCUCCUUUACUUCCGGGCCUGGACUUUCGGCUACGAGGAGGUUUGGACAGCUCUUUCAGCUGCCCUCAAUGCAAAAGUCCAUGUUGAUCGAUACCAGAUGGGCCUCUAUCGGUCCCUUGCGCGGCUCUCUGGAAGCGGAGGCGUCCGCGAGGCCCCGGCCCUCUGUGGCUUCAAGCUCGGGAACACGACUAUAUCCGGCUGUUUGAGCGAGGACGAAUCCAGUCGUAUCCAUAGCUGCGUAUCCGCAGUUUCAUGCUCUGCAAUCCGCGAGCCAAACACUGUUUAUGUUGUUCCAAUCGUCAAUCGCACCAGAGAUGGUGUUGAGAUUCCCGAGGUAGGAGCUGGCGGGGGGCUGGUUGACCUAAGCCAGACUCAUGAGCUUGAAAUACCGGAUGAGUCUGCUCUUGCUAAGCUGCAAGAUCUAUGUGACUCAUAUAUCAAGGAUGAUCAGGUUCUAUCACAGAUGCGGAAGACCCUUUCUGAGGCUUUCAAAUCGCAAACAAGAAAGAUGGCGCUUGAUCAGUUCGGGGUCAAUGAAGAAGACGAAAUCUCUCUUGAACAGUUAGUGGCGAAGCUCAGCCAAAGCGUGCCCGCCGAGAAACCCACUAACAGCCAAGCUGACCAUCCGAAUAUAAUUCGCUUUCCCUUCUCCCGGCAUUCCUCGUAUUCUGAAUUGUGUGAACUUGUCGCUGCUUUCCAGCCCAAGGAUGUCUGGCCCUGUACAGUGGACCCAUCUUCAUGGAAUGAGGACGUCUCCAUAAGGCGACUUUUUGGCCACUUAUGUUCGGGAAGUGACUUUGCUCACGACAACUAUAUGCGUCAUGUGCUUGAAGAAAUCGACGAAAGUGAUCAUCCGCCGAAGAAGCGAGCCCGACAUGACAACGACGUCUCAACGCAAUCGACUCGAUCCAGCAGCGUGGGAGAAGAGUUUGAUGUCAGCGCCAAAGAAGUACGAGUGGAGGAAGACGUGGGUAUUUCAUAUUCUACCCAGCAAAGCCGUGAUCCAGCCGGAUCGCCAAUGAUUUCGCAACCUCAGUCGGGGUGGACCUCUUUUUUUCAGCCCUACAUGUCAGCUUUAGGCCAGGAAGGGACUGUCGCAGAUGGGAUUAGCUCCGCUGAACAUACCCAAGCAAGCCAUGCAGAAACGCACAGGGUGCAUGGUUAUCUCCAAGAGCAUCGUGACCGUGAUCAGGGGAGAAUGCAACUUGGGCCACUCCCAUCAUUGCCAUUAAGUGAUGAUCAGCAAGAUGGCGGCGAUCAGAACAACUGUCAAGAGCAUUCACACUGGACACAAACAAGUCCACAAGCUCAUAGCUCGGUCAUCUCUCUUCCCGAGUCUGCACUCGCCCCUUCUGUUGGAGGAAGCGAUGACGUUUCAUUCGAGGCUCGUGGAGUCGAGCACGGAAGUCCAUGCAAGCGGCCACGCUCUCACCAGGUGGCACGCACCCGGGCGCGCGUUGCAGCAUACCUCGCUGCACGCGAAGGAAGCUAUUCUGCGUGGGCGGAUGUUGCUCCAGUUUCGACUGGAAACAAUCACGCCGAGGUGGAAGAGGAGCUUUGA